AGGAAGAAGACGAUCGCUUGAUCUUGAGAGUGAUGACAAAAGCUUCGAAACGUGUUCGUCAUCCCUUACGAUAAAGACUAUUAAAAUAAUCGAGAGCGAAAGAGCAAUUCCGAUUACGACUCUGUCUUUUCUACAUAAAGAGACGAAGAUAAAGAUCACAGAGGAAGUGAAAAGACUAUGGCUCUGAAAGGGAUUCUCGGUUUCGAACACGGGAUAGUUCAGGCGCCGUUAGGACCUGAUAUCUCCGGUCCGGAGCUUGUAGCUGCCGUCGCUAACGCCGGGGGGAUCGGUCUUCUCCGAUGUCCUGAUUGGGAGUGUCCUGAUUACGUGAGAGAGAUGAUAAGGAAGACGAAGACAUUGACUGAUAAACCAUUCGGGAUGGGUGUUGUUCUUGCGUUUCCUCAUGAGCUCAACGUGAAGACGAUCUUGGAAGAGAAGGUUGCUGUGUUGCAGCUUUAUUGGGGUGAAUGUUCUAAGGAGCUUGUUGAUGAUGCUCAUAGUGCUGGAGUCAAAGUUGUUCCUCAGGUGGGGAGUGUUGAAGAAGCUAGAAAGGCUGUUGAUGUAGGAGUAGACGCGAUUAUUGUUCAAGGGCAUGAAGCAGGAGGGCAUGUUAGUGGGAAGGAUGGUCUCUUUUCACUGUUACCAAGAGUAGUUGAUCUGGUUGGGGAAUGCGAUAUUCCGGUUAUCGCUGCUGGAGGGAUUGUGGAUGCACGUGGUUAUGUUGCGGCCUUGUCACUUGGUGCUCAAGGUGUCUGUCUAGGCACAAGGUUUGUGGCGACGCAUGAGAGCUACGCACACCCAAUAUACAAAAGGAAGUUGAUCGAAUAUGAGAAAACCGAAUACACAGAUAUCUUUGGACGAGCAAGGUGGCCUGGUGCACCACACCGUGUUCUGGAGACGCCUUUCUUCGAUGACUGGAGAUCUCUUCCUUCCCAUGAAAAUGAAGUCGACCAGCCUGUUAUUGGACGUUCUACCAUACAUGGCGUAGAAAAGGAGAUAAGACGAUUUGCAGGAACUGUACCCAACAUGACAACAACGGGUGACUUAGAGAGUAUGGCGAUGUAUGCAGGCCAAAGCGUAGGCCUCAUCAAAGAGAUUUUACCGGCUGGAGAGGUAGUGAAAAGUCUUGUGGAAGAAGCUCAGCUUCUGAUUCUCAAAAAGUUCAACAAUGUUGCAUGAUGCACACAGUUGCAGUAUCAUAUCGUGAGAGAACAAAAACUUUACUGCUUUUGGAAUCUGAUGUGAAUAGUAUAUCAUCUUAGUAUAAUAAGGUACCCCUUCUGGAUAUCCUGUGUUGUUUGCUGUCGAUAGAAAUAUAGUGUUCUUACUGUGUACUUCCUUGUACAACCCAUAUAUAGCUAUUACAGUCUUCUCCACACAUCUUUAUUCAUAUUCAGUUUCUAUAACUAA